AUGGGGGACACUGUCAAGUGCACGGGCAGCGGCGGAUUCAUACACAACGUCGACGUCAGACCACUGCACGCCGCGGCUGCCGCGGCCCUGCCCGUGACCUCGUCGAUGUCCGACGCGUGGGAGCAAGCCAUCGAGUCCAGGGUGACGCCACAGUGGUGGGGGGAGUUAGCACGGACCGACUUCCUGCUCGUCUUGGACAGCAUAGUGGACUCCUUGCGCUACGUGCUCAUCCGCAUCCAGGACGAUCCUGACCCUUCGCUCAUGAGGGCCAACGCACCCCUACACGCCUGUCGUUGUGCCCUGACCUACCUGGUCCAGGCGUACGGCCAGGUUCUGCCACUAUCAACCCAUGGCAACCCUCGACCCCUCGCCCUGGCUGUCGCCCACGCCUGCUCCCUCCCCGGCGGCCUGCAUGAGUACCGCGCUCCCGGUGUUCGAGGCCCAUCCCUACCUCUUCGCGAACGUAGUGUACACGAACGACCGACAGCAGAGGGGCAUCGUCGAUCGCUACCUGUACAAGCGCGACUCUUACGUCACCGGCGCCGCCAGAUGUCCUCGAUCGGAUCUCGAUGCCACGCACGCGCAGAUGAUCUUCUGGUCGUGGGUGUCGGGCCUGCCGGAGCACCUCGUCGGCCGCUUUCCCAAGAACUUGAUCGAGAAGGCGCCUCUCUACCUCGCCUCGGCCUACGUAAGACGCCAAACGUGUCUGGCGUGGUACGGCAUGCCGGACCCUGA